AUGUUCCUCACUCCUGCCAUCUCGCUACCAACGGCCCCAAUGCCAGGGGUACCCAGAUUGGUACCUGGGCUAGUACUAUCAAGGCGGGCUGUCAGGCAAGAGUCGUCUCAUGCACUUCAGGAGCAGCACAAAACACACAUGAAAAGGGUCCUCCCAACGGACAUUGUCAUAGUCACAAACAAGGCAAGGGCUCGUUGCAACCUCCCCGUAUGGUACGCCAGAUUUUCGUGGCCCAGGACCCACCCCGGCACGACCCCACCGGGGGGCUCUGUCAUGGAGGGUUGA